AUGUUAAGGAGGUUGCUGCGUUCUACUUUUACCCGGGUUGCUCGCGUAACGCCCGCCAGAUUUGCGCAAACACAAGCAAUUUCCAAAGCUUCAAUUAUCGAUUUACAAAGCAGAUGGGAAGACCUACCAGCGGUCGAACAACAAGAACUGGUCACCAAACUGCAAGAACGUCAAAGACUACCCUGGAACGAAUUGACCGAAACCGAGAAGCAGGCUGCUUGGUACAUCUCAUACGGAGAAUGGGGACCAAGAAGGCCCGUGCACGUUAAGGGUGACGGCUCUUCUAUAGCGAAAGGCGUUGUUGUGGGCCUAGUUGGUUCCAUUGCCAUUUUCGCGUUUCUAAGACAAUUUGCCGGUGAACCACCCAAGACCAUGAACAAAGAAUGGCAAUUGAAAACCGAUGAAUACUUGAAAUCUAAGAAUGCCAACCCAUGGGGCGGUUACUCUCAAGUCCAAUCCAAAUGA